AUCAUCGUACAAACACAACCGACUGUCCUGCUGUCCUCAGAAUAACUGCUUCAUCUAUAUGUAGCCCUAAUCCCUAAGACGUGCACUGCUGAUGUCCCUGACCGCUCGUCAGUGAACGUCCUGCAGAGCGAGAGGAGCAUCAGCCCCCCGGUCAGCAUGCAGAUUCACAACAGCAGCCCUGCAAACAGGACACCUCCAGUCUUGCCGGGAUGCGUCGCCGGCCCAUCCCACUGAAACCACCCGUGGGACGUUCAACAGUGAGCAAGGCGGAGACAUCAGGAAAACCAUGAGCACUGACUCCGUCUUCAAACCAGAGAUGGACUCAGACCCUCAGGGCGAGCUUGCCGACAUGGUGGCAUCCAUGAACGUGGCUGCCAACCUCAAGACCCCUCCGAACGGCUACAGGUCGGGAGCGCCCAGGUCCGCCGCGGGCCAAAGGGCUCUCCUCGCAGACAGGAAGAUGUCUCUACAGGAGAGGGGGAGCCGCGUGGCCCGGCAGCCCACCAUCGAGACCAAACGGGUGUCCAUCACGGACGCUGACGACUGUCUGCAGCUCAAUCAGUAUAAACUAAAGAAGGAGAUCGGAAAGGGCUCAUAUGGAGUGGUGAAACUAGCCUAUAAUGAAGAUUCUGAACAGCACUAUGCAAUGAAAGUUGUGUCAAAGAAGAAGCUCAUGAAGCUGUGUGGAUUUUUGCGCCGUCAGCCUCCUCAGGGAUCAAACUCUGAGCAGAAUCUGUUCCCCAAAUUCAUGCAGCCGCUGGAGAAAGUGUACAGAGAGAUCGCCAUCCUCAAGAAACUGGACCAUCCGAACGUAGUUAAACUGGUGGAGGUGCUUGAUGACCCUGAAGAAGAUGGACUUCACAUGGCCUUCGAACUGGUGAAAGAGGGGCCGGUGAUGGAGGUGCCUACAGCCGACCCUUUAACCGAGGAUCAGGCUCGCUUUUACUUCAGAGACGUGGUCCUGGGAAUAGAGUACCUGCACUACCACAAGAUCAUCCACCGAGACAUCAAACCCUCCAACCUGCUGCUCGGGGACGACGGUCACGUCAAGAUCGCAGACUUCGGCGUCAGUAACCAGUUUGAGGGGCCUGAUGCCCUCCUGUCAAGCACGGCGGGGACGCCGGCCUUCAUGGCUCCUGAGAUGAUGAGCGAGCACCAGCAUAGCUUCAGUGGGAAGGCGUUAGACGUGUGGGCGAUGGGGAUCACACUGUACUGCUUUGUCUUCGGGGAGUGCCCAUUUUAUGACGAGUACGUUAUUUCUCUGCACAAUAAGAUCAAGAACAAGCCUUUGGAGUUUCCAGAAAGCCCUUCAAUAAGCCACGAGUUGAAGGAUCUUAUUGAAAGAAUGCUGGAUAAAAACCCUGCAACAAGAAUCACCAUCCCGGAAAUAAAGCUCCAUCCUUGGGUGACAGAGAACGGCUCGAAUCCUCUCCCUCUGGAGGAGGAGCACUGUGCGGCGCUGGAGGUCACCGACGAGGACGUGCAGAACAGCGUUAAACUCAUCCCCAGCCUGUCCGCUGUGAUUCUUGUGAAGUCCAUGCUGAGGAAGCGCUCCUUCGGUAAUCCCUUUGAGUGUCAGGGCAGACGGGCGGAGAGGUCCAUGUCUGCCCCCGGUCUUCUUACAGGAUCUUGGGGCUUACUGGGGUCUUCACCUCUGCCUCAUCCUUCGAGGAAGAUCAGCAGAGAAGGGAGCCGAGAAGGAGAGCUGGAGGACUUGUACGAAGACGAAUCAUUCACAGAUGGUGCAGAUUAAAGUGACACGUUUAGAUUAAAGCAACAGGGAGGCAGCAGAAAGGCGAGAUUUUGUACUUUUCUUUGGUCCUUUUCAUUGUCCCCCUUUUUUUUUUUUGCUUUUGUUCCAUACUCACUGUGCUCAUACACAGACAGUCCUUUUCCACCUCUGUGAAGAUGAUCUUGACAUUAAAUUUAGCUUUAAAACAACACACUAGCUGUACAUAAGAGUCCGAAUAGAUGUCGUUCUGUCCAUUGUGUUUUUGUUAUAACUGGCAUGUGAGUCAGUGGAUGUCAAAUUUAUUUGUUGACUAAAAUGUGAUUAUUAUCCCCCCCAAAAAAAGUAUUUGUAAGUUUUCCUGCAGCACCUAAAAAUAUAAAAGUCAUUAUAUUUAAACAGGGUGUAAUACAGUCUCUCAGGGUAAUGUUCGUUAUUGAACACUAGAUGGCAGCGUUUUGUAACUUCUGUUAUUUCGUUACAUGAAAGCCUUUAUUCAUUUUGUAUUCAUUUUUUUAAGGUUUAUACUUAACCCUAAAGAAAAAUUUAAAUGAACUUUUUCCCCUCAAUCCAUAAAUAUUUUUUUAUUAUGACUAUUUUUUACUUUAGUCUUGUCAGGUUCUGAAUUUUGAGUGAACUUGAGUUCAAAGACCAGGAACAGGGCGUUGUUGCCUAAACGAGAAUCUACUCUGCUGAAGUUCCUAAGAGCAAGCAGACUGAACACAGUCAAGGUCCAAAGCCUAGUUCACUCAUGAAAUUCACACAGCAGUUCUUGAAAGUCCAACUAAUUAUGUUAGAAAUUCCAGGCUUUUUGUCAUGUAAAAAUAUGAAUAAAUUAUUUCAAAACUUUGCCCCAUAUAAUUUGAUUAUAUCUAGUACAUCUAGUACAAUUUAAUUUUAAAAUCUAUUAGGAUGAAGAGGACAAAAAAAGGUAAUAUUAUCUGGUUGCCCAAGUUUGUACACCCUUAAACUAAUACUGUGUAUUAAAUCCUUCUGAGUACACACCUGACCUCCAUUAGGCUUUUAAGGCUUUAAAUAACAAGCAUUUCCCACUGAUCCAUGAGUUUUUAGUUUAUUGUAUUUUCAUUUUGUGCAGUUUUUAUUGUUUUAUCCUGUUGUACUUUGAGAUAUUUCUUUAAACGAAAAGUGUUUUACAAAUAAACGUAUUAAGAUGA